GGCUGUGCGCUUAUCAUGCCCUUCCUGCUUUUACUCUAUGCUAGUGAGAUCUCAAAGUGGGAUACCAUGGCAUCUAUCUGGCUUGGACUCCGAGGGACUAUCAGAGAUUAUCCAGGCUUCAACCCAUCUGUAGAUGCUCAAGAAAUUCAUAAGGCAAUCAAAGGACUUGGAACUGAUGAGAAAGCCCUCAUCGACAUUCUGACUGAGAGGUCCAAUGCACAGCGACAGCUGAUUGCGAAGGAAUAUGAAGCAGCUUAUGAAAAGAGGCUGAAAGAUGACUUGAAGGGUGAUCUCUCUGGUUACUUUGAGCAUCUUUUGGUGGCCCUGGUGACCCCACCGGCAGUGUUUGAUGCGAAGCAACUGAAGAAGUCCAUGAAGGGCACUGGGACAAAUGAAAACACACUGAUUGAAAUCUUGACCACCAGAACCAGCCGUCAGUUGAAGGAGAUAUCUCAAGCCUACUACACAGUAUAUAAGAAGAGUCUUGGAGAUGACAUAAGUUCUGAGACGUCUGGUGAUUUCCGGAAAGCUCUGUUAACAUUGGCAGAUAGUCGGAGAGAUGAAAGUCUGAAAGUGGAUGAACAUCUGGCCAAAACAGAUGCCCAGAUUCUCUAUGAUGCGGGUGAGAACAAGUGGGGUACGGAUGAAGACAAAUUCACUGAGAUCCUGUGUUUCAGGAGCUUUCCUCAACUGAAGCGAACAUUUGAUGAAUACAGAAACAUUAGCCAGAAGGAUAUUGAGGACAGCAUCCGAGGAGAAUUAUCUGGGCAUUUUGAAGACUUGUUGCUGGCCAUAGUUCAUUGCGCGAGGAACACGCCUGCCUUUUUAGCGGAAAAACUACAUGGAGCUCUGAAGGGUGCUGGAACCGAUGAAUUUACUCUGAACCGAAUAAUGGUUUCCAGAUCAGAAAUUGACCUCUUGGACAUUCGAGCAGAGUUCAAGAAAAAUUAUGGCUAUUCCCUGUAUUCAGCAAUUGAAUCAGAUACUUCUGGAGACUACAAGGUCACACUCUUAAAGAUCUGUGGAGGAGAUGAUUGAGUCGAGGACAGAACUCCAGAGCUCACCGCCAUGAGCCUUUCUAAGUUCCACUUCCUUCUUUCUAACUGAACUGAAAAGCACAAUCGAGCAUACACAGCAACUUUCUUUCCUAACAGAAAAUUUAACUGUCCCAUUACAACAAUAAAAAGUUAUUCUUUGGGAGCAUCUCAUUUUAAUAUAGUAGUUUACAAAUAAAAUUUUUAAAAGGUAAAAUAUUGGUUGAUGCUAUCCAAAGUAUAUUUCUGCUUAGAAAGUAAAAUUUUUAUUUGUUUGAUUUUGUAAGUGGUGCUUAGGGCUUCCUCCUGGCUCUGCAUUCAGGGAACACGCCUGGUAGUACUCAGGGGACCAUAUGGGUGUCAGGAUUGAACUUGGGUUGACUGCAUGCAAGGCAAAUG